UCAUGCAGCCGCAGAAAAGAAAUCAAUGGCACCUUAUCGUCCCACGUGUCACAUCUUCCAUCACCCAUGUCAUCGCCAUUUUCACACACAACUCAGCUCUCAUCUCGUCAGACCAGACCAGUCUCACAAAAUCUUCAAAUUGUCUCUUUCCAUAAAUAUUUUUCUCAUUUUCCCCACAAACAAACACCAUGAGAUGAGAUAGCAACCCGAGCUUUCGGUCGCUCGAUCUCAUGGCGAUGCUGCUCAGAAAAGUGUGGGGAUCGGUCUCGAACCGGUCCGAGUCGGAGUCGGAGUCGUCGUCGUCGGAUCGUAACCGAAUUUUCUCGUCGUCGUUGUCGUCGCUAGGGGCGUUCGAUCAGUUACCGGCGGAUAUAUUGAUGCAGAUACUGAGAAAGCUUGAAGCUAAGGACGCUGUGAAAAUGAGCGUGGUGUGUAAGUCUUGGAAAUCGCUCAUCUCCGAUAAUCUUCUCUGGAUUUCCUUCCUCCAGAACCACCCGUAUGAGUCUUGGGACGCUAUUUUCUUCGCCGAAACCAGCUUGCGAUCCGGUUAUCCUCUUCAAACAUUCCCCACUCUGAUGCCAGAAUUAUCAUUCAUGCGCAUUUAUAGUCAACGGAUGCGAGUUCCAGGUUCUGUUAUUAUCGAUGGUGGUUCUGGUUAUUGCAAAUUUGGUUGGAGCAAAUAUGCUUGUCCAUCUGGGAAAUCAGCAACAUUUUUGGAAUUUGGUAACAUUGAGUCUCCAAUGUACUCUAGGCUUCGACAUUUUUUUGCAACUAUUUAUAACAGGAUGCAGGUGAAACCAUCUAAUCAGCCAAUUGUUGUGUCUGUACCAAUCUGCCAUUAUGACGAUACUGAAUCUGCCAAAGCAUCAAGGCGGCAGCUCAAAAAAACCAUGUACUCAGCCUUAUUUGAUAUGAAUGUCCCUGCUGUUUGUGCCAUCAAUCAGGCAAUAUUAGCAUUAUAUGCUGCGAGACGAACUUCAGGAAUUGUUGUUAAUAUUGGUUUUCAAGUCACAUCUGUUGUUCCAAUUUUACAUGGUAAGGUAAUGCGCAAGGUCGGUGUGGAAGUUGUGGGAGUGGGAGCAUUAAAACUUACAGGGUUCCUUAAGGAACUGAUGCAGCUGAACAAUAUAAAUUUCGGAUCACUGUAUACUGUUCGCACACUGAAAGAGAACCUAUGUUAUGUUGCUGCUGAUUAUGAGGCCGAAUUAUCUAAAAAUAUGCCAGCAUCAUUUGAAAUUACGGGAGAAGGUCCUAUUACUCUUUCGAAAGAGCGGUUUCAAACAGGAGAGAUCUUAUUCCGGCCAAGUAUUGGAGGAGUGCGUGCAAUGGGUUUGCACCAGGCUGUAGCACUUUGCAUGGACCACUGCCAUGAUGCAGAAUUAACAAGCGAUGAUGCUUGGUUCAAGACUGUAGUCUUGUCAGGGGGGACUGCAUGUUUACCAGGGCUGGCAGAGAGGUUAGAGAAGGAACUACAUGGACUUCUUCCCGCAUCCAUUUCUAAUGGAAUCAGAGUCAUUCCUCCUCCAUAUGGUGUGGACACUGCAUGGUUUGGGGCAAAGCUCGUCAGCAAUUUAAGCAACUUUCCUGGUCCUUGGUGUCUGACAAAGAAGCCGUCUGGACUGAAGUCUAAACUCAACCUCAUGUGGUGAUCAGAUUACUUGGCUUAGUAUGACUAGGAGGCAUUUCUGAUGGAAAUCCUGGCCAACUUUAUCUGGUGAAGAUAUCGCUCAACUGCACCAGGGACCUUCUGGUUCUUUGUUUCCUCCAGAGAGCAGGGAGGGGUUCUUGUUAAGUGAGUUAGCUUCAGUUUUAGAAUUUAGGCAAAGAAUAUUUUUAUGAACUUCCUUGCCUAUUUAUUCUUGAUAUUAAAAAGUGAGCAUCGUUGAAUAAGAAUUCACUGUAACUUUUUAUGUGUUUAUAAAAGUAAGCAUCCUUGAAUAAGAAUUCACUGUAACUUUAUAUGUGUUAAUGAAUAAUCAAUACCAAAAGUGAAUAAAGCUGUUCAGCUGAUGUAAUUGAUAGUGGAUUCCAGUUUCUGUUAUUGUGUAUUUUACUUGAAUACAUUGAUGCCAAUCUAUGGAGAAGGAUUCUAUUUUUUCUCA